AUGCAAGGAAUAAAAUCAACUGUUGGAGAAGUUGAUGAAGUAAUCGAGCUAGUCAAAUCUACGGGGUUGUUGCCUGCGGUCGAGAAUUUGGAUCUUGGUUACGACAAACCUCUUUGUUCCGCCUUUGCCGAGAGAUAUUACGGGGAAACGGAUACUUUGCAUCUUUCAUUUAGCGAAAUGACGAUAACUCCAGAUGAUGCGAAAUUCAUUACCGGGCUAAGCAUAGAUGGUAAAGCCGUGAAACACAAAGAGUACGCGCAAGAGCUUGAGUGGGACAAGAUUUACGCGUUCACCAAGGAAGUGUUCCAAUGGGAUGAGGAGGGAAAAGAGGUGACCAAGGAACGUAUCUUCGCCACGACCAAUGCGUAUGUCCUCUACGUCUUGGGAUCUGUUAUCUUCCCUGACAUUUCUGGUGCCCGUUUGAACGCCAACUUUAUUCAGCUAUUGCAACCAUUUGACAAGAUCCACACAUACUCUUGGGGAACUGCCAUCCUUGCACACUCGUUGAACGAGUUGAGAAAGGCUUACAGGGCUGGCGGGAACCAAAUUAGAGGGAAUAUGGAUUUUCUGCAGGCAUGGAUAUAUUUGCACUUCCCAAUAUUUGCUGCAAGGGCUUUUGAGAACAAGGAAUGGGACGGUAACUGUUAUGGAGACAUGUACAUCUACAUGAGUAAGGAAAAGGACCAAAAUGCGGUUUAUUUAAAGUUGAGACGCCAGUUGGACAACUUGACGACGAAAGAUGUUGUCUUUGACCCUUAA